AGGGACUGGUGAAACUAUGGUGAGCGUGAUUGAUAUAGUCCAUUUCCUUAUGGAACUUGCCCUCAAGCAGUGUGGAUCAGGUGGACAUGGAGACGGGAGAAUCAGCAGCUGAACACUGAGGUCGGAGGAGACAGAAAUCUCAAGAGACCUUCCCUUUGCCUGCUCAGAGAACUGCCCACUACUAAGUGUCAGUGAUGCCUUUCCAAUUUUGCAUGGUUUUUUUUUUCAAUUUUCCAUGUUUUAAGAUCUGCCCCUAGGUCGCCUUUAAACAUGAACAUUUUCAAAGCUAUUUCACUGAGACUGCAUGAUCCUGGACUGUAGAAGAUGUUUCAUCUGCUUGAGUCCCUUCACUGUUGUUAUGGUCUCACUUCUCAGUGCCAGUUUCAUCAUCGGUUCUCUUGGAGGAACAGACAAGGAGCUGAGGUUAACGGCUGGUGACAACAAGUGCAGUGGUAGAGUGGAAGUGAAAGUCCAAGAGGAGUGGGGAACAGUGUGUAAUAACGGCUGGAGCAUGGAGGAGGUCUCUGUGAUUUGUAGGCAGCUCGGAUGUCCAAUUUCUAUCAAAGCCACUGGCUGGACUAAUUCCAGUGCAGGGUCUGGACGCAUUUGGAUGGAUCAUGUUUCUUGUCUUGGGAAUGAAUCUGCUCUUUGGGAUUGCAAACAUGAUGGAUGGGGAAAGCAUAACUGUACUCACCAACAAGAUGCUGGAGUGACCUGCUCAGAUGGAUCCGAUCUGGAGAUGAGGCUGAUGAAUGGAGGGACUCGGUGUUCAGGAAGAAUAGAGGUCAAAUUCCAAGGACAAUGGGGAACAGUGUGUGAUGAUAACUUCAACAUAAAUCACGCUUCUGUGGUUUGUAAACAGCUUGAAUGCGGAAGUGCUGUCAGUUUCUCUAGUUCAGCUACUUUUGGAGAAGGUUCUGGACCAAUCUGGUUUGAUGAUCUUGUAUGCCAUGGAAAUGAGUCAGCUCUCUGGAACUGCACCCAUGGAGGAUGGGGAAAUCAUAACUGCGAUCAUGCUGAGGAUGCUGGAGUGAUUUGCUUAGAUGGAGCCGACCUGAGCCUGAGACUGGUAGACGGAGUCACUGAAUGUUCAGGGAGAUUAGAAGUGAAAUUCCAAGGAGAAUGGGGGACAGUGUGUGAUGACGGCUGGGACAGUAAAGAUGCUGCUGUGGUGUGUAAGCAACUGGGAUGUCCAACAGCCAUCACUGCCAUCGGUCGAGUUAACGCCAGUGAAGGAUCUGGACACAUUUGGCUUGACAGUGUUUCCUGCGAAGGGCAUGAAGCUGCUGUCUGGCAGUGUAGACACCACGAAUGGGGAAAGCAUUAUUGCAAUCAUAAUGAAGAUGCUGGUGUGACAUGUUCUGAUGGAUCAGAUCUGGAGCUAAGACUUAAAGGUGGAGGUAGCCGCUGCGCUGGGACAGUUGAGGUGGAAAUUCAGAAACUGUUAGGGAAGGUGUGCGACAGAGGCUGGGGACUGAAAGAAGCUGAUGUGGUUUGCAGGCAGCUGGGAUGUGGAUCUGCACUCAAAACAUCCUAUCAAAAGUAUUCCAAAAUCAAGGCGACAAACACAUGGCUGUUUGCAAGUAGCUGUAAAGGAAAUGAAACUUCUCUUUGGGACUGCAAGAACUGGCAAUGGGGUGGGCUUUCCUGUGAUCACUACGAAGAAGCCAAAAUUACCUGCUCAGCCCACAGGGAACCCAGACUGGUUGGAGGGGACAUUCCCUGCUCUGGACGUGUUGAAGUGAAACAUGGUGACACAUGGGGCUCCGUCUGUGAUUCUGACUUCUCUCUGGAAGCUGCCAGUGUGCUAUGCAGGGAAUUACAGUGUGGCACAGUCGUCUCUAUCCUGGGUGGAGCUCAUUUUGGAGAAGGAAAUGGACAGAUCUGGGCUGAAGAAUUCCAGUGCGAGGGGCAUGAGUCCCAUCUUUCACUCUGCCCAGUAGCAACCCGCCUAGAUGGAACUUGCAGCCACAGUAGGAAUGUUGGAGUAGUCUGUUCAAGAUACACAGAAAUCCGCUUGGUGAAUGGCAAGUCCCCAUGCGAGGGAAGAGUGGAGCUCAAGACACUUGGAGCCUGGGGAUCCCUCUGCAGCUCUCACUGGGACAUGGAAGAUGCCCACGUUCUUUGCCAGCAACUUAAAUGUGGAGUUGCCCUUUCUACCCCAGGAGGAGCACAUUUUGGGAAAGGAAAUGGUCAGGUCUGGAGGCACAUGUUUCACUGCACUGGGACUGAGCAGCACAUGGGAGAUUGCCCUGUAACUGCUCUGGGUGCAUCGCUAUGUUCUGCAGGGCAGGUGGCCUCUGUGAUCUGCUCAGGAAACCAGUCCCAGACACUAUCCCCAUGCAAUUCAUCAUCUUCAGACCCAACAAGCCCUACCAUUCCAGAAGAAAGUGCAGUUCCCUGCAUAGGGAGUGGUCAACUUCGCCUGGUAAAUGGAGAAGGUCGCUGUGCUGGGAGAGUGGAGAUCUAUCACGAAGGCUCCUGGGGCACCAUCUGUGAUGACAGCUGGGACCUGAGAGAUGCCCAUGUGGUGUGUGGACAGCUGGGCUGUGGAGUCGCCGUUAAUGCCACUGGUUCUGCUUAUUUUGGGGAAGGAACAGGGCCCAUCUGGCUAGAUGAGAUGAAGUGCAAUGGAAAAGAAUCCCAUAUUUGGCAGUGCCAUUCACAUGGCUGGGGGCAGCACAACUGUAGGCACAAGGAGGAUGCAGGAGUUAUCUGCUCAGAGUUCAUGUCUCUAAGACUGACCAGUGAAACCAGCAAAGAGACUUGUGCAGGACGUCUGGAGGUUUUCUACAAUGGAGCUUGGGGAAGUGUUGGCAAGAGUAACAUGUCUGAAACCACUGUGGCGGUGGUAUGCAGGCAGCUGGGCUGUGCAGACAAAGGGAAGAUGAACCCUGCAUCUUCAGACAUGGCAAUGUCAAGGCCCAUGUGGGUGGACAAUGUUCAGUGUCCAAAAGGACCUGACACGUUGUGGCAGUGUCCAUCAUCUCCGUGGAAGCAGAGACUGGCCAGCCCCUCAGAGGAGACCUGGAUCACAUGUGACAACAAGAUAAGACUUCAAAACGGAACAACUAGUUGUUCUGGACGUGUGGAGAUCUGGCAUGGAGGUUCCUGGGGGACAGUGUGUGAUGACUCUUGGGACUUGGAUGAUGCUCAGGUGGUGUGUCGACAGGUGGGCUGUGGCUCAGCUUUGAAAGCACUAAAAGAGGCAGAAGAGUUUGGUCAGGGCACUGGACCCGUAUGGCUCAAUGAAGUGAAUUGCAAAGGGAAUGAAUCUUCCUUGUGGGAUUGUCCUGCCAGACGCUGGGGGCACAGUGAAUGUGGGCACAAGGAAGAUGCUGCUGUGAAUUGCUCAGAAAUUUCAGUGCCUAGAAAAUCAUUCAAGCCUGCAGGUCACUCUUCUCUUAUUGUAAUCGGGAUCCUUGGGGUUAUACUGUUGGUCCUUCUCACCGCAUUCUCCUUAUGGAUUCGGAGGCGAAAACAGAGACAGCGGCUUACAGUUUCCUCAAGAGGAGACAAUUGUGUUCACCAAAUUCAAUACCGGGAGAUGAAUUCUUGCCUGAACGCAGAUGAUCUGGACCCGCUGAAUUCCUCAGGGGGCCAUUCUGAGGCACACUGAAAAAGAAAAUGGGAAUUUAUAACAUGGUGAGGUGAGUUCAAAAUAAGUACAUUCCUUUUGAAGACC